GACGAGAAACGGAUAUGCAUUACACCCAACAUAUCGGCAUGCCAUACUUGGAUAAAUAAUCAAGUACAAUGGAUUGAGCAAGGGCUCAGUUACAGGUCAAAUGAGCGAAUAUGCGUUAGCCAAUUCAUAUGGAUAAUGAAAUCACUUGUGUAUGCUAAUCUCCUCAUGAUUAGCGCCCAAAUUCUCAUUGAACGUAGGAAUAUAGGACCUACUCCAAAUGGAAUAGCCUUUGCUUAUUUCACAGCUAUUGAUACAGUAUCAAUUUUUCUGCUGAAUUACUAUAUGAAGAACGACUGGAGAGCGUACUGGAAAUCGGCCACGGUGUACACGUUUUCAAACGCUAUACGGCAUGAGCCACUUUCAUACCUGACGGUUUUCCUCUUUACAGUACAGUUCGCCACAUUUCUAAAACACUUCUAUCGUUUGUAUGUCAAAACAUGGAGAAAGUGGUAA